AUGUCGCUCGCGCGGCUGUCCGUCGUCGACGGCGACGAACGCGUGCUCUUCGACGACUACGUCCUGCAGACGGAGACCGUCGUCGACUACAACACGCGCUUCUCGGGCGUCGCGGCGGAGGACCUGGACCCGGCCACCUCCAAACACGACCUGUACCGCCGCGCGGUCGUCUGCAUGAAGCUGCGGCGCCUCGUCGACGCGGGCUGCGUGCUGGUGGGCCACAGCCUCCAGAGCGACUUCCGGGUCAUGAACGUCGCGGUGCCCCCGGACCAGGUCAUCGACACGGCCCAGCUCUUCAGCCGGCCGGGCGAGCGCAAGAUCUCGCUCCGGUUUCUGUGUUCCUACCUGCUGGACCACGUGAUCCAGGACGACAACCACGACUCCGUCGAGGACGCGCGCGCCGCGCUCCGGCUCUACCGGCUCUACCAGAAACUCAAGGCCGAGGGCACGCUCCGCGAGACGCUGGGCCGCGUCUACGACCACGGCCGCAAGACGGAGUGGACCAUC